AUGGGUACGAAAUCCGGAGCCACUGACCACCGACUUGCUCAAUGCUCGUCGCGCAGUCGCCACUUCGAGUUUUUCCUCCUUCUAGCGACUUUCAACCAGUGUAUCAUGCGUUAUACGACAACAUGGUCUAGUGUCGCUUGCGCGAUAUCAGCUGCAAUUUUGGUUCUGGUUCCGACCGUCACUGCCAAGGCUUGUACGUCGACCGAACUAACGCAACUCACAAGUGUAGCUGCCACGUAUUCCAACAGUCCAGACUGUGCGGGUAGCGCCUUGGACAACAGCAUCAACUCCGUGGAGGAGAUUUGUGCUGGUGCCUGCAUAAAGCUCGUUCGGGAGCUCCAGCCCGACGCUCCGGAUUGCGAGUUCGAAGGCACCAACCUCGGGGAAACGAUGGAAAAGCUGGUAGCGAUGUGCGACGCUGCGUCUCCCUCAAGUUUGAGCUCUGCUUCUCGGGGUUCGAACUCGGACGUCGUCAUCACGACCGAUACAGUUCCGGUUUGCACUACCGAGAACGUCACUUUCAUCAACGAUAUCAACACUGAAGUCUCAAAAAGCGCAGAUUGUCUUGGAAGUGCGGGAGCGGCUACAGACGCCAUGAGUAAAGAAGAAUACUGUGCUGAGAACGCAUGCGUUGCGCUUAUGACCGACGUGGAGGCUCGACUGCCAAACUGCACCUACAGCGGCUUCAACUUUAAGCAAAGGGUUGCAGACGCGCUCGCACUGUGUAACGACGACAGUGUAACGUGGCCAAAUGCGACGACUCCAACCCCGACGACAGCUACUCUAGUGCCGACAAUAACGGACCAAACACCAACAAGUGUGCCUUCAGCGGCCUCACAGGCAACGGACACACCCACUGCUACCAAGUCGUCGGCUGUUUCUUUCAAGUCUAAUGCUCACGUAGUGAUGAUGAGCGUGUUGGCCCUUUCCGCCACUCUUGCUUGGAUGAGCUUGUGACCACUAGUUGAUAGUGAAUGUGUAAGGAUGCCAUUUUAUAUGACGAACGCAUUCAGUUAGCACAGAUGGUAAACACGAUUAAAAGCACAACGAAUCUUCCGAG